CUAACUUAAACCCUUCAUUCAAUUUUAAUUUUUCAGCCUCCUUAAACCCUAAACCUCCGUCCUUAAUUCGCCAUGGAACUACAACUCACUACCGAAACAGAAACCCAAACAGAAAAUGAGAAACUCGAAUUCAAACCCAACACAGACAUCUGCCAACAGCUUAUGGACCGUUACACCACUUCUUCCGCUCCGCAGCACCGCCACCUCGUGGCAACCGCUGCCGCCAUGCGUUCUAUUCUCACUUCCGAGUCCUUACCUCUAAUACCUUCCGCCUACUUCGCUGCCGCAAUAUCUAACUUGGAAUCCGCAAUGCUAGACUCCACCGAAGUUUCUGCUCUUCUGACGUUUCUGUCGAUUGUGGUAGCUGUGGUGCCGCCCAAGGGGAUUUCGGAAUCGAAGGCAAGUGAGGCGACGGGAGUGCUGGUGGGGCUUCUGGAGAAGGAAGAGUUGCUGGGAGUUGCUAGUCUUAAGUGUGUGGUGAAGUGCUUGGGGGCUUUGUUGGUUGGUUUUUGUAAUUUGGAUGAUUGGGAAUCAGUUAAAUUAGGUUUUGAAACCUUGCUUAGAUUCUCUGUUGAUAAGCGUCCCAAGGUCCGGAGGUGUGCUCAAGAUUGUUUGGAGAAGGUUUUUAAGUCUUUUAAGACUUCAAUUUUGAUCAAGUCAGCAAGCAAACUGAUAGAUUCCUUCUUCAAAAAGUACAUUUUGUUUGCAGUUACAUCAAGCAUAAUGAUUAUAGAUGGAUUGAACGAUGAGACUUUGACAAAACCUGAACAUCUAGAGGUUCUCCAUAUGUUAAAUGUGCUGAAGCUUACAAUUCCUUAUCUCUCUACUAAAGUCAGUUCGAGAGUUCUAUCAGAACUAUGCAAACUUAUGACUUCUGAAGUCUCACUGUUUACAAGGCACAUUUUUAAAUGUAUUGAAGCAUUUUUUGAAGCUUCAACAGUUGAAGUUAACAUUCUGGAAGUGGAGAACAUUAUAGUUUCUCUUGCUUCAUAUGUGUCCUUAAAAGAGAAAAACCCAAUGGACACUGUCAUGUCUGCAGCCCUCUUGUUAAAGAGUGCUCUGAUCAAACUUUACAAUAUGGAAGCAAGAUCAUCUUGGAUUAAGAAUGUUCCUGUAGUUUUUGGUGCUGUGGCUGGUCUUUUGACUUCUGGGGGAAACACUUCGUCACAUGCUUCAUGUAUCUUGAAGGGAUUGAUCAGCCAAUAUACACCUGAAAAUUUGUCACUUGAAGAUAGAAGUCUGGGGAGUGAGGAAGAUAAUGCAUUUAAAUCUAUGUGUGCCAUCUUCGAUAAUGCUCUUAGCUCAUAUGAUGGUAUUCCAAAUGAGCAUAUUUUGGCUGUCAUUUCUGUUUUGUUCCUCAAACUUGGGGAGUCCUCAUAUAUCUAUAUGAACAGCAUUUUACUUAAACUUGCUGACAUUAUGAACCUUACAACAGUGGACAUGUCUAGCACAAACCACCUGCAGCAUUGUAUUGGGUCUGCAGUAAUUGCUAUGGGACCAGAGAGGAUACUGAAACUCUUACCUAUCUCCCUUGAUGCCGAUAAUUUUACUUGUUCAAACAUUUGGUUGGUUCCUAUCUUUAAAAAUCAUGUUGUUGAAGCAUCACUAAGGUUUUAUAUGGAGCAUAUUGUACCCCUAGCAAAAGUGCUUCAGCGGGCAAGCCGUAAAGUUAAGAAAUCAGUAAUCGGUCAAGAUUUGCAGGCUCAUGCUCAGGCACUGUGGGGACUACUACCUGCCUUUUGUCGGUAUCCAACUGACACUCACCAAAUGUUUGAACCUUUGGCCAAACUUUUAAUUACUUUUCUCAAGGACUCAACUAUGCGUGAAAAUAUUGCUGUUGCCUUACAGGUUCUUGUAAAUCAAAACUGCAGUGUUCUUUCCUCAAAAAAUGAUAUUGGUGAUUCAAGCAUCAAUGAAACUAAGGAUUCUAUAUUAGAGAUCAAAAGGGCACCUUCAUAUACUAAGAAAACUGCAAAAAAAAAUAUCAGGGCUUUCGCAUCAUGUUCUACUGACUUGCUUCAGGCUUUGGUCGACUUAUUUAUUGAUUCACAGCAGAAGUGCUCGUAUUUAAAGGAUGCCAUUGGUUGCUUGGCUUCCAUAACAGAUUCUUCCAUGGUCAAAAAUAUAUUUAUGGCAUUGCUGAAGAGGUUUCAUUUGGUAAAUGACAAAGGUGAAUUUGUGAAUUUGGAAAGUCAUAUUACUGAUGCCCUUGAUAAUGAACAAGGGGAUGUUAGUACUUCAGAGAAAGAUCUACAGAGGUCUGUGAUAAUGGAUCUAGCAGCUUCUUUUGUUGAAGGAGCCAAUGGGGAUCUUGUGGAUUUAAUAUAUAACUUCAUUAGGCAUACUUUUCAGGCUAGUGAUGGGACUACUCAUCAUGAAGCUUAUCACACUUUGGGCAAAGUUUUAAAGGAACAUGCUUGGUUUUGUGCAUCCAGAUAUGAAGAGCUGAUUGAUUUAUUACUUGGCCUGAAAUCUCCAGCUGAUGUUGCAUCCCUAACAUGCCGGUUUGCGUGUUUUCACAUUCUUCUGGUUCAUGCAUUGAAGGAAAGCUUGGAAGAAGAGAAUACAAAAGCCUUUCUUAUCCUCAAUGAGAUCAUAGUCACACUAAAAGAAGCAAAGGAAGAACUCAGAAAAGCAGCAUAUGAUGUGCUCCUUUCAAUAAGCUCCAGCUUGAGAGAGACAUUUAAUGUCAGCUCUGAUGCAUAUUAUCACAAACUGGUUAACAUGAUCAUGGGUUAUCUUUCUGGUUCAUCUCCUCACAUAAAAAGUGGAGCAGUGUCUGCAUUAUCUGUGCUGGUACAUCAUCAUCCAGACAUCUGUCUUUCAAUGCCUAAUCUUGUUUCCUCUCUUUUAUCCUUGCUUCAGAGCAAAGCUGUGGAGGUUAUAAAGGCUGUUUUAGGCUUCGUGAAAGUAAUUGUGUCUUGCUUACAAGUAAAAGACAUGCGGAAUCUCCUUGGUGACAUCAUUAAUGAUGUUCUGCCAUGGUCUUCUGUUUCUAGAAAUCAUUUCCGAUCGAAGGUCACUGUCAUUUUGGAGAUAAUGAUAAGGAAGUGUGGUUUUGCUGCGGUUGAAUCUGUUACUCCUGAAAAAUACAGGAGGUUUGUGAAGACUGUUUUGGAGAACCGCCACAGCAAAUCGAGUACUAAUGAAGUUGACAUUGGUCCAGAGUCAGUGACCAAGGAUUCACCUGGCAAAGGGAAGCGCAAGGAAAUGAGUACUAAGACUGAGGAAAGUGGUUCAACAGAAUAUGGAAAGAGAAAGAGAGAGAAUAAACACAAUUCUGGCUUAAGUAAACCCCACAUUUCUACUGGUACCAGUGGCUUCAAAUCAGCUAAGAGAGACAGGAAUUUUAACCGUGAAAAGCCAAUGAAAGAUCAAUCAAAGGGAGGCUGGAAAAACAACAAGAGUUUUAAUAAGGGACCCCCGGGUCGUGGGAAGAGGAAGAUGGAGCCAAAAAUGAAUGGUAGAAAAGGAGCAGCAGCUGGUAGAUCUGCAUCUGAUCCCAAAUUUAUCAAAAACAAGAAAUUUGGAAAGAAAUGACAGAAAUUAACUGAUUGAGUGAGAUCUUGAAGAAGUGAGCAAAGUCAGUUGCUUAUGCUGAGACGACAAGAAUUUGGUGCUAUCUCUUUAUGAAAGAACCGCUAUAAGAGGGGAUAUUUGACAGAAUGUUGGCACGCUAUUUUGGCCUUGCUUCCCUCCCUUUACAAUGUAGAUUGCUGGAGACAAGGGAAAUCAAGGGUCAGGUUGUCAGGGCUUUGGAUGCGUAGGAGGUCAAUUUUUUUCAAGCUUAGAUACCCAUUCUAGUCAAUCAGGGAUGCCUGGAACUGGAAAUAUGUAUAUGAUUUUUAUUUUUUUAAAAUUGACGGAUUAUGCUUGUAUAACGUUAUUUAAUUUGAUGUGUACUAUAAUCCUCAAGAGUAAGAAGUACAUUGAUUUUAUUAUAGAA